UCUCCAUUUUUUAUCAUCACUUCCAUCUUUACCAUUUCAGGCUAUCUUGCAUGCAUUCGUGGCUAACCUAAAGAGCCUGGUUAUUAAAUAAGUAGUUUGUGACGUCAUACAUUCUUUUCCUACGCGCAUGACUGCUUUUUGCUAAUCAGCAAUCUAAGAGUUGCUUAUAAAAGAAACAUGUAGUGAGAUUAAGUUAGUUCAAACGUUGAUGAAAGAAAGAUAGCUGUUGCAAGAGGUAAUUUAUUACUAAACGAGACUAACACAACGAGAUGCCUUUAGCAGUUGCAGAUGUUCUUCUACCGAAACAAGUAUGCGAUUCUUGUUAUGCCUCGCUUACUCAAAUAUACAACGACAUGUUCCAGUUAACACCUAAAUCAAACCUAAAGAACGCCUUAACAAAGACAAACUCUAACGGUUUGGAUGUAAACGUGUAUGAUGCAUCUCAAGCGCACAGGCGCUCUAACAAACUUUUAAAUUUGGGCUCAUUUAGAAAGUCGAUCCCGCAAGAGUCUGAUGUAAAAGACACACGAAAAUCAGAUAAAAGAAUAAGUAAAAAACAAAAAAUCUACAAAAGUAUUGAAUCUAUCCCUACUUGGGUUGAAAACGACUCCAAAUCGAACAUUGUUGGAACAAGUAUCGAGUUUGUUACGAAAUUCUAAUAUGACUGCAUUAUCAAUUUCCACACGGUGCGGAAAACGGCGUGAUUACCCGUCUGAUUGUGACUGACCUGCAUUGAAUAAUAUUUUCACGUUACGCUCCUUGAGCUGCAGAAUAACUUGAAUAAAGAACUGGCUGGUCCAGAAACCUGAUAAAGUUGUUUUAUAAAACAGUAGUUGUAUGGUGAAGUUUGUUCUAGCAUUUGUAAAUUGUACAUAUUUAUAUAUAUAUUAUUUAUUAUAAAUCUUUGUUUAUUAAACUU